AUGUCUUCAAUUAACCUUUUCCUUGUUUCAAUUUUUAUUUUAUUUCAAUUAAUUCACACUAAAGAUUGUAGUGACCAUGGGGUUAGCUGUAAUGAUAGAAAAUGCUGUGGUAGCUUAUCUUGCAAAAAAACCAACGUUAAUGGUAACUAUUAUUGUUCUUAUGCUCCUUGUGUCGCUGAUGGAAACACAUGUCAAAAAGAUGAUGGUUGUUGUAAAGGUAUGGAUGGUAAAGACUUUUCUGUUUGA